AUGGAUACUAUCGAUCGCAGUGUGGAGCGCAUGCGCCUUCGGGCAAUUGACCUCGACCGCGACUGCGCGUUGAAGCUUGCACAGCUCAAGGCUCUUGUGGCCAGUGGCCCAGCGACGAAGCCGUCUGCUGAUAAGAGCUACGACUACUCUACAGACUCCCCAACACCUCACACCAUCUCCAACUGGGAUUCUACCCUCGAGGAGGAUCGCCUCAGUUCCUACUCCUUCACACACGUACCCACGCCUUCAGCACUGGUCCCCGCAGCUUUGGCUGAGUGGGACACUUCAUCAUCGUCUUCCCCUGUUUCUUCUGUUGCUCCUGUCUCUUCUGUUUCUGUCACACCUCCCCGUCCUUCUUCCCCUGUCUUAACCCCAAUCAAGAUCAUGCCAGAUGGUCGUAUCCGUGUGCGCUGUUUUGUAUCCCAUGCUCCAGAUCCCCUACCUAUGUCUCUCAACGACGAUGCAGUUCUGCGCAAGUUUGCGCGGAACGUAACCCAAGCUCACUUCACCGCUCGCGGUGAGCAACUCCCCGCCUCCUGGACGCCCCCUUCUUUUGCCCAUGUUUCGUCAUUGAUUCAAUUCAACAGAAUCAACGAUAAGCAAGGUAAGCGGCUCUCCCUUUCAACUUUUCUUGAGACCAACAUCACACUACUCAUGCUCAUGUCUACUCUUAUAAGCAAGUUCACCGUGACAAAAAGAUUGGUGCUUCCUCGUGACAUGUCCACCUACUCUCUCCGAACUGUGAUUGCCCUUGUUCUUGUUCCGCUGUUCAUUUUCCCCGUCUAG